AAUCUGUUGUCUAUGUUUGUUUAUGUAAAAAUUGACAAUUGUCACAAAGUCAAUGUGAAAUUACGUGUUGUUUCGAAAGUUCCGUGUUUUUAAUUCAUAUCUUCCGACAGGAAUGUCUCGUAUACUAUUUUAAUGUAAGAAUACUUAUGUGUGCUGGGUUUUAUUUUACAACAAUACUAUGAGUGCCCAAGCAGAAGAACCAACGACGGCUCCCAAAGAGCUGUCGUUUGCUGAGAAACAAGCUGAACGCAUGAAAAGAUUGCGAUCAUUACACACUGCUAGAAACGAAGCAAGGACACACAACCAUCAAGAAGUAGUUGCUGAGGAGGCUAGGAAUAAGCUGCCGCCGAACUACGAGGCGAAACGACGACAAGCUGAAUGGCUGCUCGACGACCAAGCAAAGCGUCAAGAGGCAGAGAAAGCAGGGAAAGAUUACGACAGAGUGAAACUAUUAAACAUAUCAGCAGUAGAGGCUGAGCGACUUGAACGUAAAAAGAAGAAGAAGAAUCCUGAUGAAGGAUUCUCUACAUAUGAACAAGCAACCGUGAGGCAAUACAACAGGCUGGUUAAAAAUAUGCCAGCAGCUGAUAUGGAACAGUAUGAGAAACAGAAACAGAAGUAUGGUGAUGCUUUCUAUGGUGGACCUAAUGUUAUCAUUCAUGGAAUGCAUGAAGACCGGAGAGAAGCUGUCGACAAGAUGGUUGAUGACCUAGAAGGGCAGAUUGCCAAGAGGGCUCGUUACUCUAGGAGACGCAUACACAAUGAUGAUGCAGAUAUUGAUUACAUCAAUGAAAGGAAUGCUAAGUUCAACAAGAAACUGGAGAGAUUUUACGGAGAGCAUACAGCUGAAAUCAAACAGAACUUGGAGCGUGGUACUGCUAUUUAGUUGUUGUAAACUGCAAAUAGAGAUUUGGCACUGGAUUCAAUAGAAUACUGACACACAUAUCUAUUGUUAGGAAGAUGAACAUGUAGAUGGGCAAUUUUUUGCUCAAAAUAUUCUCAGUAGUUGUUAAAAUCUGGUAUUUCUUUAGAAUGAACCAGCACUGAAGUACUUACUUUCUUACUGAAAUGCAAUUUCAUUGUGUUCAUGUUUUUAGAAGUACCUAUAUAUUGAGGCAUUGUGAGGAGAUAGGUUGUAUAUUAAUCUAGUUCUAGUUAGUUGUUAAUUUAUUGUUAUAUUGAAUAAAUAUAAAUGUAGCUUGGCAGAUUGUUUCAAGUAUUUGAAUUACUAUACAUAGGUGCAUACCUAUCUAAUUAUAUUGAUAGGAAUUUGAUUGCUUUUAGAAUGUGUUGUUGAAGCUGGAAUUGUUUGUGAUAACUACUUAUAAUUAUGUAAUUUUCUUCUAACACUUCCUACAUGGUCACAGGCAUGUCAAUUUUCUAUUAUUCAUUGAUUUCUGUCAUAUGGUGUUUGAAGAAUUUUGCAUAAAAUUAUCCUAGAUUUAGUAACAAACACUGCCAAAAUAUGUCUAGAAGUGAAACAAACAAAAUAAACAAUUUUCAAUAACAAGUUUAUUUUGAUAAAUGUGCCGAUUAAAUAUUAUGUAUCAUAAUGUAUAUCAAAUAGAUAUUUUACAUUUAGUAAAUAUACUAUAAAAGCGCUAAAUACAUUUUUAUUUUAUCUGCAAACCUUUAUGUGCAAGUAGUAAUGAGAUGUAUUUUCACAAGUUUUUCUUUUUAAAUUUAGUUUAACCCAAUAUUUGUGUUCAUAAAAUACUAUUAUUGUUGAACAUUGUUCUAAGGGUCACAUCGAUAUGUUCAAAACAAUUUUUUCUACUGGAUUUCAAUCUUAAAAUAAUAUUAUAAUUAUAAGUUUGCAGCAGUAUUUCAAAAUAAGCUUUUAUUUGCUAUCUAAUAAAAUAAUAUUUUACCCCAGACAGUUACUUUUCUACUUGCACACAACCCUUGCAACUUACAUCUGAUAAAAAAUAUGAUAGCAUCGUCAUACAUACCCAUACAUAUAAUUUAUGUACAUUAAAAUGAGCACAAGUUUAUUUUUAUACAGAAAGAAAUGCUUAUUGCUUAAUACAUACACAAUAUAAUGAAAAGUUCGGAGUUUCGACUAGAAAUCACAGUGAUUGUUUCAUUAAUUCGACAAUUACAACUUUAUUUCUGCGUUCACAUAAACAAGUCAAAGUAGAGCUACAUUCCAGGUGUUUUAAAUAUUGCUAUCUAUUUUGACCAUUUUAUUUCAUAAUACAUACAUAUAAGUAUCAAUUUCCCUUGCACUUUGGUAUUCAGUAUACCACUAGGUUCAAGAAUCAGUUCGAAACUUCUGGCAAAUAUGUAUGCCAAAAUACUUUGUAAGUUUAAAUAUUUUACUUAAUAAACAGUAGUUUUUUAUUUUGUUCACAAUGCGUAUAGUUGUGUCAUUCAGAAUAAGUAAGUACUUAUUUCUUUUUAGUUUGUAUAGGCACAUUUCACCCACAAAGAAGAAGAAAGUGGUAAAAUAUUAAUAAGUUUUACCCUGAAUAUUAUCUGCUUUUCAUCUCGCAGCUAAAAUAAACAGAAUAUAUUUAAAUACAGAUUUUUAUAAGUAAGUAGUGAAGGUAUAGUUUUUCUAAUCCAGAAUUUAGUCAAACUUUAGUCGACACACCAGAGGGUCUACCAGUAGCUCAUUCAAUAUUUAAAAAGCUUACUGAUGUCAUAGAAAUGUAAUUUAAAGAAACAAAGAUAAAGGUAGCCAGUACAACCCUUGGACAUGAGAGGGGUAAAAUUAAAAUUUCUUUCUUGACUCUAGAGCCUGUACCUUUAUGGCAAUAAAAAAAACAAUAACAAUUGGUUGUGUGUUUGAAAAAUCUGUAGAGAGAGGUGAGCGGACGGGUAAGCGACAGCUAAACCCCCCCCCCCCCUUGAAAAGAGGAAUAGGUACAAGCUUACGGUGUUUGGUGCCAUGGCACGACCCAAGAUACCGCAUCGACAUAACAUUUAUGACCUAUUUCGCUUGUCCUCGUGUUACAAGCGAAAAUGUGUAUAAAAGCGAGCGGUCGAACUUUAUUACUCUUUAGCAUGCACACCAUACUAAAUUCUGGAGUAUUUGACUAAAUGUUUUAUGGUCUUUGUACGUGAUUGUAUUUGUGCCUGAACAAAAUGAAGAGACAUUUAUGUACAAUCGUUUUGCAGAUGAAAUAUCAAAACAAAAAUUCUUGGACAGUAGGUACUGAUUAUAAGUUUUUCAAGAACGGCUACAGUGUAGUUUCCUAUUGUCUGAGCUCAUUAGCAAUUUAUAUAUGUUUUGUUCAGAUAUUAGCUUCCAAUAUCAACCUUAAAUAAUGUGGCAUAAAGAUUUGUCUUGAGUGAAUUGUCUUGCAAACAGUGUUUGGAAAUUCCAAGGGAUUGUAGUCUAAGCUACAAAAUAA